AUGGCACGAGUUCCUGUUUGUACUGGUGGUAUUAGUGGAUCCAAAGAAAAUGUGGCCAUAUCAUCAAGCUUACUACCAUCACUUCCUACUCAGCAAGUUACACGUUCAGUUUCGGUCGUACAGCAGGCCAUCAUUUCCCGUGUUUUUAUGACCCCGAACACUAUAUGUCCAAUCACGACUCCUGCCGCUAAACCCAUAAUAUCUGCUUCUCCUUCGAAUCUUGGUCCAAUUUCUGCUCGACGGCGUCCUACUAUUUUAAAACGAACCCCAGGAACAAGUAGUUUCGCAUCUUCCAACUCGUUGGUCACAUGUUUUCCAGCUGUCCCUGAAACGUCGGAAAGUGGUGGUGAUUUAUCAGCGUCGCCUUCUGACGUGCAAUUGAAACCUAUCGGCCUGACAACCACUGAAGAGUCAGGAUCUUCCAGCAAUUUGAGUAAUGCAACCACCAAGUUAUCACAAUUAGGUACCACACCAUCAACUCUUUCAGAACGCCUAAAUCGGAAUCAAACUGUCAGUGAUCGUUUGUUUGGUAGGCAUCCUAUUGCGUAUAACAGAAAUACGUCACAAACUCCUGUAACAUCAUCAACCCCGACCCCAAAUUCAGUAACAACUUAUCAAAGUUCAGCGUUAACAAAUACAACUACCAAUGCUACAACUCCCUAUUGCCCGAGGUUCUGCUGA